AUGAGAAAGGAUACAUACAGUAGUCUAAUCCCCUCGCGCUCCGCUUUGAGCUGCAAACCACCAAAACACCACAGUAUCGUCUCCCCAGAGACAGAAAAUUUGACGCCCUCCAGCGACGUCGCCCUCAACAUCGACACCCCAAAAUCAAUCAACAACAACCUUUUUCAUCGUCAAAAACCUGUGCAUUCAUCUCAGGAGACUUCAAAUUAUUUCUUGCAACGUCCGUUUCACCCCAAAACGGAUGUCGCGGCCGUCGAUGCUAUGACUGAGGUCGGAGCCGCCGAUCUAUCAAGGCUGCUUCAAUCAAAGCGCAAUGAGUGCAGUUCAAUUGUGACGUCGCGGAAGCGAAAGCUUCGCGAACUGUUCGUUGUUGCGACACAGUCCGAGGGUCUGCCGCACCCAGUCUUGACCAACCCAGACGCGCCGACCACAACACCAGCCGAAUGGCAAUUCUUGCAAGCCAACGAUAUCAACCAAAGCAAGACGCUCAAUGAAGCCAGCAUCCCCACGAGGCCAACCUUUUCGCUAGAAGUGCUCAAGAAAUCUCUGGCAAAGUCGAUAUUCAUUGCGAAUGAAUCUGUGCCGAAGCAAACGUCGGAGAAUUCAAAUAAAUCUCAUGUAACGGAUGCGCAGGACGAACAACAGUCUAACAGGGCAUCUUUAUCUACAAAAUCCGAUGCUGCUGCUACUUCAACAAGACCUAACACACCCGAGACUUCAACAGAGUCAGCUACAACCGCCAAUCCUGUUCCUCCACCUGCCAAGAACACUCAAGCUGUACUUCCACCUGCCGAUGCGAUUGAAAAGCCGAUACCGACAACCUCUCCAGAUGUUCCUGCUUCCACCGGCGCCAAUGCGAAUUCGAUAACGAACGAAGAGGACCGUAGCGACCCAAAUGAAGUCGCAUCGGUACCGCGCCAACCUCAAGUCACCUUUGAGACAGGAACAAAGGGCGAGCAUGUUGAGACUGGAACAUCGUCAGUGAAGUCUGGUCAUGGGGUUGGGGAUUCUGCUGUAACCACAGGUGUUCCCUCAACAGUUAAGCCCUCUGCCGAUGUUACUCGUUCCGCCGACGCUUUAUCUUCGCCUGGUUCAACGGCCCAAAGUGCGACUACACCUGCGGUGCAUGAUGAUGCUUCUACAGAUACGAGUCCGGAGCAUGAGGGGCCACAGUAUGUCGAGCCAGCAGAACAGAAAAAGAUUGAGGAUGGUACCCAUGAGAGAGACACAGACAAAUACCAUCAGAGUCAUCAAGACGGUGAUAUUCGAGCUCCUUCAACCAAAGACUUGGAAGACCGUGUAUUGGAAGCACCCCCUGACUCUGCCGAAGCCCAGCUUCUCCAAGAAUCUAUCCGAUCGAAUGUCGCAGCGGAGAACGAGGCAGCACUGAACUCAGAAAGCACUAGCCAGGAGGCAGACACUGCCAUAUCAGCGCCAGUGUCCGAGGAUGUUAACAUGUCGGAUGUUGACGACAGGGUUGUCAAAGCUGCGCCCACGGUUGGAGAAAAGGUUGAGGAGAAGCGUGCCCAACAGAUACUCGAUACUGAUGCGAAAUCCGCUUUAGCAACCGGUGCACCUGCAGAAAUUUCAGGUAGUAAGGAAAUUCCAGACAGCCAAGAAGAGGCCCCUGAACAGAUGGAUGUGGAUGCUCCCGAACCUAAAGCAAGUACUGAAAGUCAAAUCGGAGCGCCCAUAUCACUUGAGAAGUUGGAUGCAGCCGACACCGGUCCGUCCUCGCCUACACCUGCACAUAUAGCUGAGGUCGCUACACCCCCUGAGCCAGUUCGUCAAAAUUCGCCGCCCAAGGCUGAGCGCGCUGUCACUAGGGUUUCGUCUGGGGCAAUGCGUCCAAAGUCUGUCAGUGAAAUUGUUGGCGUGACCCCUCGUCAAACCCCGACGCUGGAACACAUUUCUACCAAUAAGAGCACAAACCAUCAGCUGACUCCUUUAACUUCUACUCCCAAAUCACCAACCCUAAGACACCGUCACAUUUCCGCUCAUCAAAGACAGGCAUCUCGCAGUCAGCCCUCGACGGUUGUGUUUGGUAAGCAGUCCAAGAAGGGCGAAGAAAAGUCGAUGGUGACCAGCCAACAUGACACGAUUCUUCCGACCGAAGACUACUACACCCCUCUUUUUGUUCAGGGCUUUGCUGGCAGUUCAUCGUGGAUGCAGCCGAUCGAGAAAAUCUUGUAUACUGCCAACAAGACAGUUACAACGCCGGAUGCCAACCUGGCCAUCCAGGACCACCAAGCAUGCAAAGUUUUGAGGCGCGUCUACCAUCUUCAGCAGCACGAUAAAUGGUCUCUGCGGCAACCCAAACGCUGUCCUGAGCCCACUCGACCCCCGUCUCACUGGGACGUUGUGCUUCAAGAAAUGAAAUGGAUGCGAACAGAUUUCCGAGAGGAACGAAAAUGGAAGAGAGCUGUAGCCAAGAAUCUUGCAUAUGCUUGUGCAGAAUGGCAUGAAGCUACCCCUGAGGAGCGGAAGACACUGCAAGUCCAAGCUGUUGUACCCCCCAAGAUGAAGCCAGCAAGCGAUGUCGCCAUGGUUGACGCCGAGGGCACAAACCAUUUAACCCCCGAUCUCGUUUCUAGCGAAGAUGUCGAAUCUAUCGACAAUCUCGAUGACCUAAUCGAAGACUUUCCAGAGACAAUAGCGCCAUCCGCCAUAUUCAACCUUCAAGACGAGGAUGUCGUUUUUGGUCUACGCCGAACUGCCGCUGCAGACCAGCUUUUGGAAGAGCUCCCAAUGUUUGGAGCACCUCUUCAGGUCCCCAAGUUCGAUCUUACAGGCCCCGAAUGGGAUCCCGACGCUCAUUGGCGACGACCAGCUCUGCCCUUGAGCAAGUAUGUCGAGGGCCACAUGAAGUUGGUUUCAGAUGGCCCACCGAGAAAGCGUAGUCGAUAUAAUUAUCAGAACGAAGAUUCUGACGACGAAGGCGAGGCUGGUUUUGUGAGCAGCGAUUCUACACCCAGUCUUCCCCUACCAUCAGCCACCGAUGAGGUUGCUUUGUUUAACCCUGAGAUGAAGCACAUUCGCGAUCGCUUGUAUGUUGGCCAUCAAUUCCGGCCACCUUCGGAAUACCCCAUGCCCUCUCAAAGUUUCUUCGAAUGUCGCAGCCCAUCACAAUGGACUAUUGCCGAGGACGACGAACUUCGGAGCCUUGUCCGGGAACAUUCUUAUAAUUGGUCUCUCAUUUCUAGUAUACUUGCACCCAGAUCUAUUUUCAACUCUGGUGCGGAGAGACGCACUCCUUGGGAAUGCUUUGAGAGGUGGAUCAAUCUGGAAGGACUGCCAGCGGACAUGUCUAAAACACAGUACUUCAAAGCCUACAUGGGCCGUAUCAAUACAGCCCAGAACAUGAUUAACAUACAGAACCAGGCGAUGGCACAGCAGCAGGUUAACCAAGCCAACGGAGCAGUUACUCCUGGGCGACGAAGGCAUCAAUCCAUUCCCUUCAGAGUAGAGAGGCGACGCAAUCAGAAGCAUCUCACAAUGCUUGAUGCCAUGCGGAAACUGGCAAAGAAACGGGAGACCACAGCACAGAAGCAGCAACACACGGCAUCGCAGAACGCUGCCAACAAAAAGACUAAUGAGUCGGCAUCGCAACGCCCAACGAAAACACCAGGAGAAUACAGUAGGCUACGUUACGAAAGAGAUCAAGCUCUGGCAGAAAAGAUGGCGCAGUUCGCGUCAAGGCAAGAGGCUCAAAGACGAGCUGUUUUGCAAGCCAGAGCUCAAGGUCAAGCUGCUCAGAUGGCGGCUGGUACUCCUGCAGCUGUGCAGGCUGGCCAGAACUCGGCACAAGCUGCUGCUGCGGCCGCCGCUGCGGCAGCGGCAGCCAACGGUAUGAACGGUGUUGGCCGUGUUAAUGUCCCUAACCAACUUGCGGCCGCCGCUGCAGCCGCUACAGGGCAAGCUCGUCCACGAAUGCCUAUGCAAUCACCUGCUCCUGCUAGCAUGGGAGGUGUGCCGGCUCACAUGGCUAGUGGACUUGUGCCGCCCAACCAGAUGAACAGUGUUCAACAGGCUCAAAUGCAGGCAAUGCAAGCAAUGCAGGGGCAACACAACCGUAUGCCUAUGCCGAAUCCUCCGCCUGAUGUUAGCUUGAUGAUGCGUGCCCAGCGCAUCUCCGAACAGCAACGGGCUGCACAGAUGCACGCUCAAGGAGGUCCUGGUACCCCUGGUCAAGGGGCGGUAGGCGCCCAGCAGAGUCCUCCUGCGCAGAUGCGGAACGCAAUGAAUGGUGUAAAUGGCAUCAACAGCAAUCCAAUGAACCAACAGAGUUUCCUUAAUAAUGCGCAGGCGAUGAUGGCUCAGUUCAACCAAGGCAAUCUCAGCUCCCCACAGGCUAACGGUCUCCAUAUGCCAUCCGGCCCUGCAGGCUCAAUAGCCCCACGACCACAAACGCAACUCCCAGCAGCUAUCCAGGCUCAACUUAACCAGCUUGAGGCACAAUAUCGCGCUAAGAACUCUAGCCUUACCUCUGAACAGGCGCGCCAGAUGGCCACGGAACAUUUAACACGGCUCAUGAUGGCGCAACGCUCUGCAAUGAAUGCUGCUGCUGGCACGGCUGGUGGUCAAGGCGGACUUGCUGGAAGUAUUGCAGCCACAACUAGCCCUCACCAAUAUGCCGCGCUGCUUCGACAACAACAGCAGCAGCAAGCAAGUGCGGCAGCGGGCAGCCCCGGACAACAACAUCAGCAACCUCAUCAAGCUCAACAUCAACCCCAGCAGCAACAAUCUCAACAGCAGCAAGCGCAGGCGAAACAACAGCAGCCUCAGCAACAGGUCCAGGCUCACGCUCACGCUCAGGCCCAGCAUCAAGCACAGCAGCAGCAGCAGCAGCAGAGACAGGCGAGCGGUAGCGCCACACCCUCGGCUGGCUAG